AUGAUUAGAGAUAUUCUUUUGCUUAGAAGAAGUUUUUUUAGCCGGAGAUUUGUUCGCUUAUCGUCGAGAGUGCCACAGACCUUGAGCUCUAACUUAGUUUCAAAUCUAUUUCAAAAGUGCUCAUCAUGUGGCAUCAAGCUUCAGUCAGAAGAUCCAAAGAAACCUGGUUUCUUUAUUGAAUGGCAUAAGAAAAAACGGCUAAACAGACAAGAAGACAGAACAUUUAAUAAAAUCAUCUCGGAGUUACCAAGUGAGGAUCGUAAGCUUCUCUUAAAUAAUGAAAAUGUACUGACAUUUGAUUUAACGUUGCCUAAGAAAAAUGAACUUAAAAUAGAAGAUCAGGAAAGUCUUCCUGAAUGUAUCAGGUGUCGAAAUAUUAAGUAUAGGUCGAAUGUUGAUUUCGAUGAGCUUCCAAUUCAUGACUUUGAUAAUGUGUUGACUUCGAUACCUCCAAAUGGAAACAUAGUUUAUGUAAUUAACUGUCAAGACUUCCCAUUUUCACUAAAUCCUUCGAUUUUCGCUUAUCGUAGGGCCUCAGACAUCAAAUUCAUAAUAAAUAAAGCAGACCUUUUGUUCAAACGGGUCGAACUUUCUAAUAAGUAUGGCUCAAAAUUUUUUAAAGACUACUUGCACCGAAAAUAUCAUGUUCCUCUUGACAAUGUUAUGGUUAUAAGUGGUUUAAUAAAUUGGAAUAUGUCUGAGCUAUUGAAAUUUCUUGAUAAUGAAUCUUAUUUGAUUGGGAGCGUCAACAGCGGCAAAUCCACCAUAAUAGGAGCAAUGCUAUAUCACAUACAUGAAAUGAAACCAAAAUAUCUUUCAUCUAGGGAAAAAACUCGAGCUCAAAAGAACGAAGAUAAGAGAAUGAAUAAAAUCUCGAUGGUUGGUCUUCUGAAGACGGAAUUAAAACGACAAAGGCUCAAGGAGAAGAAUUUUAGAGCAAAAAGUGGACCGGGGACAUCAUUUAUGCCGGGUUUUACUAGGGACCACAUAAUGUACGAUUUAGGUGACAAGUUUAUUUAUGAUGUACAAGGGUUUACAAAUUUAUCUGAUCAUGGAAUCUAUAGCAUUAUCGAUCAGAAAAUUAUAAAAUACAUCAACAAAGGUUCAAAAGUUUUCAAAAAUGGGAUGUUUGAUUCUCGAUAUGAAAGUGUUAAGGGAGAGCAAUGUCUUACUAUAGGUGGUAUAUUUUACCUAGUUCCACCUAAAGGUGCAAUUUAUCAAAUAAGAAAUUGCAUUAAUUACAAAUUAAAAGAAUUUGCAACAUUUGACAAGGCAAUAGACCGUUUUAGCAAAAUCGAAAGCUAUCCGGCUUUGAAACAUGACUUCAUUGUACCUAAAUCUACACUAAAGAGUCUCCAGAAGUACAUAAUGCCACCUUUCUACGGUUCAAUCGACCUUGUAAUAAAAGGUAUCGGGCAUAUAAACAUUCGUCCUACUGGUAAAAGAGCCAACAACUUGCCUGCAGUCAUAUACUUACCCAGGGGAGUGGAAGCAUUGGUAAGACAGCCAAUAUCUGAAUAUGUAGCAAAGUCAUUGACUGGGAGGGAUUCAAACGGAAAUCUCUUGAAAAAAGAAAACUGGGUUUCCAAAAGUGUAACUUCACUUAAAAGCUACAACAAUUCUUCUCCAUUUUCCACGAGGCUCAUACCCAUUCCUUACUUCUCGUCCAGCGAACAAGAACUCUACGCUGCUAUAUCGAAUUUCGUCACUCUCGCUAAGAACAAGCGAGUACUCUACUCUUCGGAUACAAUUUUCAACGAGUCAAACAGAUUUGAUUACUGGGUGGAAGACUAG